AUGAGAGAAAAUGUUGCCAAAAAGGGAGAUGAGGGAGAUAGUUGGGUAUAUGAAAGAGAGUUUGAAAAUGAAGUGAGUGAGGAGGCGAGAGGAAGGUCAAAAGUGAGUGAUGAGGGUGCCUCAAAGAGAGACGAGGGAGAAGUGAAGAGCCAAGCUCCAUUGAAAGCAUAUGAGCCUCGUAUUCCAUUCCCUCAUAGAAUGAUAGAGAAGAAGCUAAAUGAGAAACUUUCCAAGUUCCUUGAUGAAAUGAAAGGACUUCAAUCAAACAUUCCACUUCUUCAUGCUUUGUCACGAAUGCCUACAUAUGCAAAGUUUUUGAAACAUAUUCUUUCUAACAAGAGUAGGCUUGAGGAAAGUGAUUCUAUCUCCAUUCUAACGGACAUAAGUGUUAUCCCUCAAAAUGAGCUUCCCGAGAAGUUUGGUGACCCCGGUAGUUUUGCUAUACCGGUGAAGGUUGGGGAUCUUGAAUUAACAAAUGCUUUGUGUGAUCUUGGGGCUAGUUUUAGCCUUAUGCCUCUCUCUAUGGCAAAAAGAUUAAAUCUUGGGGAGAUUAGCCCCACCAAAAUGUCAAUCCAACUAGCCGACCGCUCGGUUAAAGUCCCAUUGGGAGUCUUGAAGGACAUCCCAAUUCAAGUGGGGAAGGUUCUUGUGCCUUGUGAUUUUGUAAUCAUGGAGAUGGAUGAGGAUUUCAAAAUUCCUCUCAUAUUGGGUAGGCCCUUUUUGAAAACCGCGGGUGUUAAUAUUGACAUGAAAUAA